CACAUUUUACGUCAACGUCGAUUUGAACGUCACCCAGGUGACAUUUUUACGUAAAGCCAAGACUCAAAAACACGCAAGAAGGCGAUACGUCAUCGUCAUGUCAUUUAGCUGACAUUAGCUAACGCUAGCCGUGUUUUAUUUAGCAGAGGUUUGCUCGUGUAGGGACGUUGAAGCUGGCUAAGGUUAAAGAAUGCCUUUCCAUUUCUGCCCCCAGUGUGGGACAAAGUUGCAGCCUGAUUUCAAAUUUUGUCCUGGGUGUGGGGAGAAGCUCCCCUGUCCCGUUGAUGAAUCUGUGAGCCCAACGCCGUCUUUAGGUCUCUCGCCCCCCAAAAGGGACGACGCUGUGAUUAAAUCAAGCCUUGUUUCAAGCUCCAUUUGGGAGCCCACGAUAAGUACAGUGUGUGCCGCCAACACCUCAACCGUUGUUACAAAUCGUCCCGCAUUGCGAAAGACCCGUAACUCCCUUCGUCUAGACAAAGACGUUACAUUCAACAUUAAAGAUGCCACUCCACCUGUGGCGCCCUCGACUAGUCCUCUUGGAGAAGACAGGACCAAAGAUAAUAAUGUUGUAUUGGUUGCAACUCCACCAAAGACGCCCGCAGUCUUUAAGCUCGACGCCCGGGCUGCACCAGCUUCAGAGACUUCUCCCGUCCUGAAAAUCCUUCGACCCGUCAGAGGAAAGGCGAAACUCUCCAUCCCCGUUGAGGAGGUAGAAGCGAGGCAGAGGCUGACUGCGGUGGACGGCUCUCCUGUGGCCGUCUUGUCCCCCGUUUCGUCACCAAUCUCCAAGUCCUCUCCAAAAGGAAAAAGCAAAGCCAAGAAGUUAAAGCAUGCGCCCGCCGUGGAGCCGCUUCAGGAAGGUGAAGAGGUGACGGACACAACGGGCAAGAGGUGGAAACUGGUGAAACUCCUCAGUCAGAGCACGACAGAGCUCAUCUACGAAGUUGGGCAUUUGGUCUCUCGAUCCAAUUCCAAGGAAUCCAAUGACAUCCUCAAACUGGGAGCUAAAGACGGAAGAAUCUUCAAUGAGCAGAACUUUCUGCAGAGAGCCGCUAAACCUGCGUCUGUGGACAAAUGGAUCAAACAAAACAAAAUGGACUUCCUGGGAAUUCCUUCCUGUGUUGGCUUUGGUCUUCAUGCAGAGUCCUACAGGUUUCUGAUUUUUCCCAACAUGGGCCAGUCUCUCCAGUCCGCCAUAGAGAAAGAAGCUGAGCUUCCGUCGGAGAAAGCUGUCCUCCAGCUCGCCUGCAGAAUAUUAGAUGUUCUGCAGUAUAUCCAUUCAAACGAGUACGUUCACGCUGACAUCAAUGCAGAAAACAUUUACAUCAAACCAGGACAGAAGUCACAGGUCUACCUAGUAGGAUACUGUCAUGCCUUCAGGUUCUGUCCAGGUGGACAACAUGUAGAGUACCGUGAAGCCAGCAGAACACCACAUGAAGGCACCACUGAGUUCAUCAGCAUGGACGCACAUAAGGGAGCAGCUCCGUCUCGACGCAGUGACCUGCAGUCUCUGGGUUACUGCAUGCUGCGUUGGCACACAGGGGCGCUGCCGUGGAGCCACCUCGCUGACCCAGACCAGGUGGCCACUGAGAAACACCGGUACACUGAGGAUGUUCCUGCAUUGUUGAGUCACUGCUUUGGGAGGAAGGCCGUUUCCAGUGCGUUUGAAACGUAUCUGACUAAAGUGAUGAGUCUGCAGUACUCUGAGCAGCCGGACUACUCUGCGCUGAAGGCUGGACUCAGUGACGCUUUGCUGCAGCUCGGAGGGUCACCGGAGCAGCCGCUCAGUUUUUAGAGAAAUAGAACAAAACAAAGACAAGAUCUUUCACCUGUUUUUUUUUUUAUCAUGCUGUUUUAUGCACUGAAUGUUUGAGCGUUUGUCUAAAUGAUAUUUAUGUUCUUUCUUUGGCUUUUCAUUGGUAAUGUGUGUGUUCAUUAAGUGUUUCUUAACAUCACAAGAUCUUUGAUCUCACGUGAGUGCGAUGUAAGUUCUCAAUAUUUGUUGCACAUAUUUGGGUCCUCUUAACGUGUUGCUUGCACAGAUGUAGGUUAACACAUAUCAACACUUCCUCAUAUGGAGGUAUAGGUAGUUUGCCUCUUUGUCAUCUAAGUUCACCAGUAACGUAAUUCAUUUAUGCUCUUAAAAAUACAUCUUCACUUUCUAUUUUGUUAAAUAAAUAGUUCAUGAGAAAAUGUGGAAUGUUUUCAAUACUGAACCACAGGCCUGAUUACAACACAUGCUGAUUCAUUCAACACAAAAAACAUGUUCAUUUGAAAGAAACCGUUUAUAAAGUUGAAACAUUUCUGACAUAAACAUUAACAUUUCAAGACAUAUACACUUCUCUAUAUGAAACAGUAAAUAUCUCUUAUUGUGCACACUCUUAAAGUAAUUCAGAAAAUAAACACUUUUGCCUGA